GCGUCUUUUGUGCGCGCCGCCGGGCCGGUGGUAGAAGGGCAGGGUGGAAGCCGCCGUUGGUGGGGCGUUGACCUUUUGUCGCCCCCCCACCCGCGCCAUGUCUUCAGAGAGGGAAGCGGGCAGCGAGGGCAUCAAGUUAUCAGCAGAGGUCAAACCGUUUGUCCCCAAAUAUGCGGCAGUAACAGUGGCAUGGUCAGAACCCUCAGAAGCAUGUGUCUUUCCUACAUACUAUGGUACAUGCUACCCAUAUGUUCAAGAGCCACCAGUGGAUAAACAACAGACACAUACUCAAGAUGCGCCCUGGGAUACUGCCACCUCUCAUUCUCAAUAUCGAUCUCAGAGCCUUAUGGGAUGUGGUUCGCUUGGGGAGUAUACCAGUUCUCCUUAUUCAGUUAAUGCUGCACCAAAUGUAUAUGCAGUUACCAACUUUCAGUGUCCGAACAACAGCCCUAAGCUUUACAGCUCUUCGAAACAGGACAGAGACUCUGCCAAACAGACUCCUCAUAUCCGAAAAGAGGCUGCAGCUUUUUGCCAGAGGCGAUCGAAAGACCAUGAAUCCAAAUGGGAGAGUAAGAGAUCUGAUGGAUCCACAGAGAGUUCACCUUACACAGCUCUGCAUGGAAGAAAUCCUAUUAAAUCAGACAGGCCCAUUAAAGCAGCAAAUGGGAAGUUCAAGCAAAUUCCAGCUGCUGAGUGUCUUCCGGAACCUGCAUUUGAAAUUACCCUCUCAGAUUUUCCAAAAUUGCAAGGCUUGGGAAGUAGUGAUCUGUUGGAUAUAAAAAAAUGUGCAUGGGGGCCAUUGGGCUCGGCUGAAGGAGAUAAGCUGCCUCCGAAACCUCCAGGAAAACCAGCCGUUUCAGCUCUGAUAACCAAAGAGGGAGAAACAACUCUGAAAAAGCAUUUCCCAGCAAGACCGUUAAGUUCUUCAUCUGAUCCUGGAGUUUCUCAGGUGUCCCCUUGGCCUGCUGUGUCUUGGGCCACGGUGCUGUCGCAAGCUCCCAAGAGAGUUGUUUCAACUCCAGCUACAGUUCCUGCCGGUAAUAAUUCUGGCAGUAAAGGAAAAGAUGAUGUUCCCAAAGAUCGUAAGUCAGAAACAAGAGAGAAUGCUAAUGACCAUGAAGCUGAAGAAAUGGCAGAUAAGAAGAAGAAAAAGAAGAAGAAGAAAAAGAAAGAGAAAGUUCAGAGCCAAAUCACUUUAGUUCAAGAACCUCCAAGAAUUGAGGACGUUGAAGAAUUUCCAAACCUAGCAGCUGCUACUGACAAAAAAUAUAGGCCCGCUCAAAAGCAGUUUUGUUCAACGCCACUUACCAAGGAGCACAUUGAAGGAAGAACAAGGGAAUUUGGGUUUGAGUCUCUCGUUGGUUCUCCUCAAAAUGAAUUGGUAGCUCCCAAUUCAGACACGUCAUUGGCAAGAAAAGCUCACAAGCAAGUGCCGCCUACUCCAACAGAAAAAAGGAAAAUGCAGCAAACGCCCAAGAGCAGUGGAAAGAAGAGUCAGGAUCCUGUGCAACUUGAUUUGGGAGGGAUGCUGGCUGCUUUGGAACAAAAACAAUAUUCGGAAAAAUCAAAACCGUCCAAGCCUGUGGUGCUUUCAGUUGGUAGCGCAGUACCACUGCAUUCCAAGGAACCUGUGACGGUAACAAAAAGUCAGCAAUUAAACCAAGGGAAGACUCCACAUAACCCGUUGGACUCAAGUGCGCCCUUGGUCAAGAAGGGAAAGCAGAGAGAAGUCCCUAAAGCGAAGAAGCCAACAUCGCUCAAAAAGAUUAUUUUGAAAGAGAGAGAGCAGCGGAAACAGCAGCACCUUUUGGAACUGACGGCGAUACCAAAUGAGAGUGAUGCUGUCCAGCAGGGUGCAACUUCUGAGAUGACUGAGAAUCAGACAUUUUCUGAGGACACCAAACCAGAAAGCGCAGAUGAAGCCCCUACAGACCCUGCAAUUGCAGCCCAAGAUAGUUCAGACGUGUCACUGGAAUGUACAGCGUUGAGUGGAUCCACGAAUAAUUCCCCUGUCCCAACACAGCAGAAUUCCAACCUUCCCAAAAUCCACAGCCGAAGGUUUAGAGAUUACUGCACCCAAGUUCUCAGCAAAGAGGUUGACAGCUGCGUAACAGAUCUCUUGAAAGAGUUGGUGCGCUUCCAAGACCGCCUUUAUCAGAAAGACCCAGUCAAGGCCAAGACGAAGCGCCGGCUUGUUAUGGGGCUCAGAGAAGUGCUGAAACACUUGAAGCUGAAGAAGUUGAAAUGUGUCAUCAUUUCCCCCAACUGUGAAAGAAUCCAGUCAAAGGGUGGGUUGGAUGAGACUCUGCACCUCAUCAUUGACUCCGCUUGUGAACAGAACAUCCCAUUUGUGUUUGCUCUCAAUCGCAAAGCUCUCGGGCGUUGCGUGAACAAAGCCGUGCCAGUCAGCGUGGUGGGGAUUUUCAGUUACGAUGGCGCUCAGGACUAUUUUCACAAAAUGGUGGAGCUGACAAUGGAAGCGAGGCUGGCCUAUAAGGAAAUGAUUGCGGCAUUGCAGAAAGAGUCAGCUGAAGAAGAGAAGGAAAGUGACUCUGCAAACUUGAAAACCCUUUGCAGAGAGCCCAGUCCACUAGAUGCUGGUGAAGUGCCCCUUCCAGAGUCUGACGAGGAUGUCCCAAAUUACAUUAAAAUCUGGAAGCGGAAGCUUGAAGAGGAGUAUAACCCAUACACACUGGAGCUGGAAAAAUAGUCAACUUCUGAAAUGUUGACCUUGGGUUUUGAAGAACCUCAGUAAAUCAAGACUACCUUA